UUAAAACUCAUUAAAGGCAGCAUGCUGCUUGUAUCAUACCUAACUACAAACUAGAUUUUAUUCAGAGUUCAGACUUAGGAACCAGCUCAUCAAUACAAAACCACAAACAUUGCGAGGCUAAAGCAAGGACUUCAAACAGCUCUUGUAGUAAACAAAUUUCAAUGUAAACAUGAAAAUUGUAAACUUCAUGACUCAAACUGUUACAUCGGACAUACAUCGGUUGGCCACACAUUUACAACAAGGCAUCAAAACAGUUCAUUAGAAUACAGAAUCUGAAACAAACUAGAUAAAACAUUAAUCGAUAAUAAAAGGUAACUGGAUGAUUAACUGUAAAAAAACCCCAGUAAAAUACAGACCAAAAACGUAAUACAGACAGAGCACCUAUGCAAUGAACUAUAGAAGCAAUGUUAAAUAAACAGUUACUUUUAAAUCCUGUGAAGAUGAUUUUAUGAAUAACAACAUCAUCGCCACGAUCCUUUGCUGUUUAUUGGAAAACACUGUAACAAUACGCUAAUAUAAUCACUUCAUCCUGAAGACGAACCCGAAAAUUGACGCUAAGCUUACGGGACUAAUUAGAAAACACACACACACACACACACACAAACAUAUUCAUGCGUACAUACAUAUGUAUGCACACGCGCACACACAAACACGUGCACGCACGCGUACACAUACAUACAUACAUACAUACAUAUAUAUAUAUAUAUAUUAAUUUCAAUUUUUCCAGUGACUGUAGUGGCAUUGAACUGUGUGUAUACGAGAUUCGUUACGAAAUGCCAGAGUGUCAUGGCAGCAACUAAAAUAAUUACUUUGCUGCUGGUUAUCAGCGGUGGUAUAUUUUCCCUCGGCCAAGGAGAAAUAGAAAACUUCAAAGAACCGUUUGAAAACAGCAAGACUGAUGUUGCUUCUCUAGUACUUGCAGUGUUAUAUUCCAUUUUUUCAUAUGGAGGAUGGGCAAUUAUUGCAGCAUUAUCUGAGGAAAUGAAAAACUCUGCCAGAGAUCUUCCAAGGGCCAUUCUACUGACAUUCUUCAUUCUCAUCACCUCGUAUAUACUGAUCAAUGCUGCUUACUACACUACACUCAGCCCUUACGAGAUAAUCAACUCUUCAUCGGUAGCACUGGAUUUCACUCGGCACAUUUAUGAACCAUUAACUUCGUUGACUUCCGUACUUGUUGCCAUUUCUUCAAUCGGAGCUCUAAUUGCUGCAGUCCUGGCCCAGCCAAGACUAUUGUUUGCUGCUGCCAAGUUUGGUCACAGCCCUACAAUAAUGAGGAUGCUACAUGAACGCUUCAAGACACCAUGGUUAGCAAAUUUUGCCUUAUGUAUUUGGGCUUUAGUAAUGCUGUUCACAGGAGAAAGCCAACAUUUCAUGGAAAUCCUUGGUACUUUCACUGUAUAUUCUGCAAUUAACAUCAAUCUGUGUCAUCUAUACUAUAGGUGGAAAGCGCCUGAUGUAAAGCGACCAUAUAAGGUGAAUAUUUCUAUUCCUAUUUUUCAACUUAUCUUCAACAUCUUCGUCAUGACAGCUGCAAUAUAUUCCAAUCGAAAUAGUGUAGCACUAUCAGUAUCCCUUCUGCUGGCAGCAAUACCAGUUUAUUGGAUUUGUAUCUCCUGGAAGAAAAAACCCAAGAAUUUCCAAGAAUUUCUCAACAAAUCAAGUAUUAUACUCCAAAAAUUAUUCAACAUGAGAGUUGCAGCAUAAGAAAGAGAAAAAAAAAAGGAUCUCAACAAGAAGCGAAAACCACUUGUAUAGUACAAAUCAUGCAUGCCAGACACACAUAUUAUAUAUGGCCUGCAAUAUCAUGUUUCACAAACCUCAACAAAGUAGGUUGUUAAUCAUUGCUAGUACAGGAUAUGGGUGUGUUGAAAUUAUGAGGAAUCAGCUCAUAUCUAUUUUGUGUGACAUCAGACAAGCCAAACAAUUAUGGAUAUACUCCUAAGUAUCAAUAGCUGAUUGUAAAUAUGAUACACAACAGACAAGCUGAUUCUCCACUAUCUGAAUAAAAAUAUGCAUAUAUUUCUUAUAUACUAA